UUAGAAUAGAAGAAAUGUGACGUGAUGCAGCUAAACCUAAUGUCCGUCAUAAUGCUAUCAAUGUUUUAUUUAUUUUUAACUAUAAAAGGUGAAGCACAGUGCCCAAUGUGUCCUGGAAUUUAUUGUGGUCGAAUUGAUAAGACAUUUGAAAACUGCUCUCUUCCAUGCAAAGCUUGUGCUCGCGGUUAUCGAAGCAAUCAUUAUUUUUGCAAAAAAUGUGACGAGAGUUUAGAUUUUUAUAGUUGGUUAUAUCUAGGUUUUAUGGCUUUGACUGUAUGCACAUUAAACUUUUUUUUCAUUGAUGUUUAUCAAACAAGUAUGGCAUGGCGACUCCACACCUUGGCACUUUUUGAGUCAGUUGUUUCUUUUAUUGGUAUGGUUUUAGUAUUUGAACCUCAUGGUAGUUUUGCAUUAAACGCUUGUAAGGCAAUCUCUAUAAAAGACUGGUACACAAUGUUUUUUAAUCCUAUUCAAAACUUUAAUAAAAAAAUUUAUUGUACUCAAGAAGCUAUCUACCCAUUAUAUACUUCAGUAUACAUCUAUCUUUUGUUUUGUUUGCUGACUAUGGUUCUUUUUCGAGGCAUUAUAAUGAAGAAAAAAUUAAAAAACAAUAUUAAAUCACUAUAUGCAGGUUUAUAUAUUUUACCAAUAGUCUGUGCGCUACAUACCUGUUUUGCAGGAGUUAUUUUUUAUGUUUACCCAUAUUUGGUACUUUGUUUUUCAUCAAUUGGUACAGCUGUAUUUCUUAGUGCAAUAAAUAAUGGUUUCUAUAAAAAACUUUUGACGAUAAGAAGUGUUGGAAUUUUAUCUCUGUUUAGUGUAGCUCACGGAUAUGGAAUAGUUUCUGUGACAGAAAUGAAAUCACCAAUUCGUGAUGAUUUACUUAUGUCUCUUACUCGAAAAGAGUUGUAUUCUACAGUGUUUGCUCAACAAUUUUCACCAUGUGGAAAAUACUUAGUUACUGGUAAUAACUAUGGCAAAAUAGCGGUUUUUAAUAUAACAGAUGCUUUAUCAGCUUCUGCGUCACUCAAAUGUAAAAUACCAAUGCAUUGUUUUCAAGCUCAUGAAAGCUAUAUUUAUUGCUUUGUUACAAUUGACAGAUAUUUGAUAAGUGGAGGAUCAUCUGAGGUGCAAGCAUGGGUCUGGAAGGAUUUAAUUCGUGAAAAGUUACCUAAACCAGCCUGGUCCAUUCAUCCUCCCAGCAGUAACCCAUUUGGAGUUCCAGAAACCAAUGCUCUGACAGUUAAUCAAUCUAAUAACACGCUUAUUUUAGGUUGUGGUGAUAACAAUGUUUAUGUGUAUGACAUAGAAACAAGAAACCUUUUGAAAACAAUCCAAGGGCAUGCAGACUUUAUUCACGCCGUUGGUUAUCUCGGAAGAAGCCAUCAAAUUAUAAGUGGUGGUGAAGAUGGAUUUAUAAAGUUUUGGGAUGAAAGGUCUUAUGAGUUUCUGGAACAAAUUGAGCCAAGUAAGCUUGAGACAGCAAGUAGAGAAUCAAUAGGACAUUGGGUUUCUUGUUUUGAUGUGGACCAAACUGAAGAGUGGAUGGUUUGCGGAGGAGCUGCUCAUUCGUCAGUAUGGCAUCUUCGAUCAAAAACAGCUACCGCUGUUCUGCCUACGCCUAAUUCUUGUACACAAGUUGCUAAGUUUGAAGACGACUAUAUUCUUAUUGCAGGGAGUGAACCUAUUGUUUCCAAAUGGUCGAUGAAUGGUUCAUUACGUUCAACCUUUCCUUGCACACCUGAUUCAGUAUACUCUCUUGAAAUAAAUCGUAAGCUUAACCGAAUACUUUCUAUAGCCGGAAGUUCAUACAACAUUGACAUUAGCACUAAUUUUGAAUAUAAAUCGUUUUCGCUUACAUUUAAAGAUUGAUGUGCAAUUCAUAUUCACAAUUUGUAAUCAUAAGUAUUUUACUUCAUUAGUACAUAAGCUGUUUAAUAGUAAAUUGAUGCACAGUGUUUAGCAUGUGCAUAUGUUUUAACAUAACCCAUUGCUUAUAGAGAAUGUGUGCGAAGUUCAAAGAAAAAAUCCAGAUUGGAGAAUUUUAACUUAAUAAUUAAAAUCACAUAAUGGUGGAUUUAACGGAGUUUAACAGAUUUUAACGGAGAAAAGAACAUUUUUUAUAAAAUGUGAAGUAUGUAAUCUGAGAAAUAUUUUUUU